GUAAGGUUUGUUCGGUGGUUGUUCGGUGGUGGAUAGUGGAUACACCGAAGAGGCAAAGAGCAUGCCGGACUACUCAUAGUCAAACCACACUCCUUCAUUCACACCAAAUACGUUACAAAAGUAGCUUUAUCGGUGUGGCCCGAGCUAAAUUUGGAUUCUUUUUCAUCUCCACCCCCUCCUCUCUCCAGUUUAUCGCCAUUCAAUUCAGUCCCUUUGCUUCGCUUAUCCUCAUUUCCUGAGUGAAUUCUCCCCUGCUCUUUUCUGUUUUGCAAUCUUUUUCUUUCAACAAGCACUCCUCAGUCCUCCCCACUGAAUGCGAGUCUUUUGAUUCUGUCGGUGCAAUUCUCCAACCAUGCCGUUCCCUCCUUCUCUGACAGUUCUGGGCGCAGAGCAGACGUGUUUGUGAUUACUCUAUGUACCCGUGGAUGAUUCGGUGUAGAUAUGACUUCUGUUUCUUCAAUGUCAGUUCCAGUGGAAUGUUUUAAUAUGCAUAGUUUAUGGAAUGGCGAUGGUAGCGGAAGGUUCAACUGUGGUGUUCUUUCUUGUGCAUGGAAGGCUCGGAGGGCAUUGACUGGAUUCCUCGCCAGCACCACCAACCCUCCUCAGCUCUCCCUUGGCUCUUAUGGACAAACAGGAAGACGAAAUAGCAUCGGAUGUAUAUGUAAUGUCCCUGAGAUAGGACGGUGCAACCCUGGCGAAGAUUCUAGUAGCAAAUGGAAAUUAUGCAGCUCCUUAUCUUUUUCCUCAAAACCGUCAGAAGAAAUAUCUCCAGAUAGUUUGUGGAAGGAUCUUCAACUGACUAUCUCAUAUCUUUCCACUAAGGAGUUGGAGUGGGUCAGGAAUGCCUUGAACCACGUUUCUUUCUCUACCUUUCUAUUCUUGCAACAGGAGCAAUCUUUACAGCUUAUUAGCAUGGGUGGGUAAACAGAUAGUUUGAAUAUUACUGCCUGUUACUUUACAGUUAGCCUUUGAAGCACAUGAUGGUCAAAAGCGACGUAGUGGAGAGCCCUUCAUCAUACAUCCAGUUGCAGUAGCACAAAUUCUUGGAGAACUGGAAUUAGACUGGGAAUCAAUUGCUGCUGGAUUAUUGCAUGAUACAGUUGAAGAUACAAAUGUUGUUACCUUUGAAAGAAUAGAGCGAGAAUUUGGUAUUACUGUUCGCCGCAUUGUAGAAGGGGAGACCAAGGUAUCCAAACUUGGAAAGAUCAAGUAUAAGGAUCAAAACCAUCCUGCUCAAGAUGUCAAAGCUGAUGACCUUCGACAGAUGUUUCUCUCCAUGACUGAGGAGGUCCGUAUAAUAAUUGUCAAAUUGGCUGAUAGAUUGCACAACAUGCGUACUCUUUCACAUAUGCCUCCCCAUAAGCAGUCCAACAUUGCUGAAGAGACACUGCAGGUUUUUGCUCCUCUGGCAAAAUUGCUUGGGAUGUACCAAAUUAAGUCUGAACUUGAAAAUCUUGCAUUCAUGUACACAAAUGCCCAAGAUUUUGCAAAGAUACAGAGAAGAAUUGCUGAACUUGAUAAAGAGCAUGAGAAAGAACUCUUAGAGGCAAAGAGAAUACUAACAAAGAAAAUUGAGGAUGAUCAAUUCCUGGAUUUCAUGACAAUAAGCACUGAGAUCCGAUCACUGUGUAAACAACCUUACAGUAUCUACAAAGGUAUUAUCAAAUCUAAGAGUUCAAUAAAUGAAGUCAACCAGACUGCACAGAUUCGUAUUAUUAUAAAACAAAAAUCUUGUGCUGGAGUGGGCCCGCUUUGUAACGCGCAGCAGAUAUGCUACCAUGUACUUGGACUUGUACACGGAAUUUGGACACCUAUACCUCGAGCUAUGAAAGACUAUAUUGCUACUCCAAAGCCUAAUGGCUAUCAGAGUCUGCAUACAACUGUGAUUCCAUUUCUUUAUGAAAGCAUGCUGCGUUUGGAAGUACAGAUAAGAACUGAUGAGAUGGACCUAAUAGCAGAGCGGGGCAUUGCUGCACAUUAUAGUGGGAAGGCUCUUAAUGGUUUAAUUGCACAUGCUGUUCACAACGGUUCUUCUCGUGCGAAGACAGCAUGUCUCAACAAUGCCAAUGUUGCUCUUAGGAUUGGGUGGCUCAAUGCAAUCAGAGAGUGGCAGGAGGAGUUUGUUGGGAAUAUAACCUCUAGAGAAUUUGUGGACACCAUUAAAAGGGAUCUUUUAGGCAGUCGUGUCUUUGUAUUUACACCCAGGGGAGAGAUUAAAAAUCUACCGGAGGGGGCUACUGUAAUUGAUUGUGCAUAUAUGAUACACACUGAAAUUGGUAACAAAAUGGUAGCUGCAAAGGUGAAUGGCAAUAUUGUCUCUCCAGUGCAUGUGCUGGCCAAUGCUGAAGUUGUGGAGAUCAUCACCUACAGUGGCCUCUCAAACAAAUCUGCUUUUCGAAGACAUAAACAUUGGUUGCAGCAUGCGAAAACGCAUAGUGCCAGGCACAAGAUUAUGAAAUUUUUAAGAGAGCAAGCUGCUCUAUCAGCAUCUGAAAUAACUGCAGAAUCAGUGAUUCAAUUUGCUGCUGAAUGUGGUGACAAUAGUGGAAGAGAAGCAAUUUAUUCUUCUAAAGAGACUAAAUUCACACCAGAAAAGAUUCUAAAGAAUGUAGUGAAAAUGCCAUUUGCAAUAAUGAAAGGUGAAGGAGAUCCUUUUGAUUGCAGUAGUAGCAUCCAGACACCCAAGGUGAAUGGUAAACUCAGUAAGCAUCUGCAUCACGUGAGCUUGAAGGGUGAAGGAGAGACUUUUUCACAGGGGAAUGGCGUUGGAAGGGUAAUUCAAGCUAACAUUCCUAUGUACCAGGAGGUGUACCCUGGGUUGGAUGGCUGGCUCGCCAGCAAGGUCACGUCAUGGAACAACCUUGAAGGGCAUUCCAUACAGUGGUUUUGUGUAGUAUGCAUGGACCGAAAAGGCAUGAUGGCUGAUGUGACAUCAACAUUGGCUGCAGUGCAUGUCUCAAUAUGCUCAUGUGUGGCAGAGGUUAACAGAGAGAAAGGAAUGGCUGUGAUGUUAUUCCAUGUUGCAGCAAGCAUGGAUGAUUUGGUUGCUGCAUGUACCAGAGUGGAUGCUAUCCUAGGUGUAUUGGGUUGGUACACAGGUUGCAGCUGGCCUGGAUACAAACAGUUUCUUCUAGAAUGUUAAGUGUGUGUACAUGCCAGUACAGAGUUUUGACUGCAAAAUUGUUCUUCAUUUCAUGGCAACGCAGUUGGUGGUUUAUCUGGAGGGAGGCUUAUGUGCAUAUAUAGAAAGAGUAUUGUUGAUAUGAGGUAUACUUGUAAAGGCCAUUUUGCAAGGAAUAUAAAACUGAGAGAAUUUGAGUAGAGACAUUGUUGUAUUAUUUCUGAAGGUGAGAAUCUCUGUAGUAUAUGUUGGACUAAUUUCAUUUCAUUAGCUGUUCAUUUCCUUUUUGUGAAAUUCUGGUUUAGAGAGUACUUAACUUUAUGGGAUUGAGUACAGAAAGCAGGAGCAAUAGAAUAGUUUGCUUUUUAUCUUAAAGGAACCAUAGUUUUUUGUGUGGGUCGUUCGAACUAAAGCUGUAAAUGAACAUAACUCUUGCUGUAGUGACCUACUUGGAUCUGAGUUUGAAAUAGCUUCUUGAGCUCGGUUUUUUAAGCUAACCAAAUUCAAGAUUGAUAGCGUUUGAU